UACAUUCACAGAAGCCUCUUCAGCAUUCGAUUCCCAUCACACUGCCAUCCAGCCAUGACUUCACCUGGGCGCUUUGCAGGACUUUGCAUAAUUGCUCUGGUGCUGUUUUAUGGUGCACAUCUGGGAGAGACCAAGAACUCUCGCAAAGAGCACAAAGAGCCCAACGUCCCGUUCCCCCCUGCCCGUCCCACCACUCACAAUCUGGCUGCCAUUUGUCAUCAGGGUAGAGGUCGCCCCAGGUACCCUCCCAGUUUCUUCCCCAAAUCCGGGUCCAGCCACUUCCGACGCCGUGGACAUGCCAUGAACCGCCUAGAGUCGUGGUUCAGAGUGUGCUGCAGUGGACACCUAGACGAGCAGAGCAGCCAGAUCCUCUGCUGCGCUCAACAAGCGUGGAAAAACGCCCUGUCUCUGUUCUGUGUGGAAGAGUACUCCACCAUGACCCUCCCGUACGAGUGCUGUGAGAACACUGGAGAAGCCCGCUGGUCAUGCUUCGACAGCGAGCUGCCAAACCCAAACUACACCUCAAACCCAGGCUACAAUGCCCCUGAAAUCCCCGAGGAGCCUGGAUUCACGUUUGACCCAAAUGCCUGCUAGAGGUCGAAAAUAAUAACUUUCCACUCUUUCACAUUCCUAUAGGGAGAUAAUAUUGAAGAAACUCCUGCAAACCUCUCAGACAAUCCUAUCUAAAUCUUGUCUUUGUCACGUACAGCUGCUCCCUGAUGUGGACAGGACAUACUGGUUUGGAUUACACUAUCUAAGGACAAUUAGAGUCCCAUCUAGCCUUGUUAUCAGCUCAGCAUUUUAACCAAGCUUUGCCAUAUUAAUAGGAAACACAUUUUAAAAAUGCAACUCAGUGCUUAAUUUUAUAAGGCUCACAGAAUGUGUCUGGCUUAAAUGUUGUAAUUUCUGACAUGUAGUGUUUUUAGAGAGAAAAAUAAACACACUCCGC